UUCUGGGGCCACUUCAAUCGGUGGUCGCUCCAGUGGCCGCUUUCUGAGCACGUGUCAUGCCGGACUGCGUCAGCACUGGGUAAACAGAUGACUGGUUGCGCGCCCGGGCGGGGCUAUUUAAGAGGCAGCUGCCCACCCGCCAGCCCUGAACUUGGCUGGACUGCAGCUUGCUCUGCUGGAAGCCGCCAAGCCUGCUGAUUCUCCAUCAAAGCCAUGAAGAGUGGCGUGUGUCUGUGCGUGCUGAUGGCAGUCCUGGCCGCAGGCGCCCUGGCGCAGCCAGUGGUCCCGGCAGAAGCCGCGGACUCCGCGGUGCAGCGGGCGGAGGAAGCGCCCCGAAGGCAGCUGAGGGCCAUGCUCAGGACCGACGGUGAGCCCCGAGCGCGCCUGGGCGCACUGCUAGCGCGAUACAUCCAGCAGGCCCGCAAAGCUCCUUCCGGCCGCAUGUCCGUUCUUAAGAGCCUGCAGAGCCUGGACCCCAGCCACAGGAUAAGUGACCGGGACUACACGGGCUGGAUGGAUUUUGGCCGGCGCAGUGCCGAGGACUACGAAUACCCAUCCUAGUGGCCCAGCUUCGCAGUCGUGCUUGGAGGAGGUGGAAGAGAAAAGAAUCACGCACACAACCCCUUGCCUCUGCUGUUUGACAUUUUGAGUAUCUAUUUAUUAAGUUCCCAGUGUGAAAUCUGUUGAGUGUGCAGUGCAGCCACACACCUCAGCGCAGCUGGCGGUUGGAAGGCCAAUGUUUCCCCAGUGACUCCCAGACCUAAUGUUGCUAUGCUAUUAAAGAGAUUUCCUCCUGCCCCUCA